GUGUGUCUGUAGACUCGUCCGAUUCCUGUAUGGAUGACACGAGCUCCGACGCGACAAAUGGUGCCGGUUACCAACGUUAUCGUCGCCGCGUCCUGCGAGAUAAAAAACCGAACUACAGCAGGAACAUAUGUAGAGACUAUAACGAAGAACGCCAUCAGUCUGAAAGGGAUGAAGCAGUAGCACCGCCUCGCAGAGGCAGCUCCAUGGCCGACAGGAGAAGUGAUCGCGGGUCUGUACUACAGCGACACAGGAACCCGCGGAAUCCAUUGGGUAGGGAAGCAUCCCGACUACUUUCGACGGCCUCAUCCGAUAAGUCGGUGCUGAGCAGGAAGGCUGAACCCACCCAGAUCGACUGA